ACAGUCUGCAUCAGCACAUGCUCUCUGUCUCUCUGUCUCUCUGUGUCUGUCUCUGAUCACAGAGUUGUGAUCGAUUAUUUGAGCCGAUCGAUCAGAUGAGGCUCCUCUGCAGCGGCUCCAUGGCGUCUCUCCUGCUGCUGCUCUUCUUUCUGCCAGUUUGCUUGGCUGCUCAUGGACGUUUUGCUCAGAAGCUGCUAAAAGACUUGUUCUCUAAUUACACCAACGCUUUACGUCCGGUGGAGGACACCGACCACAUCAUCAACGUUACUCUUCAGAUCACGCUCUCCCAGAUCAUCGACAUGGACGAGCGGAACCAGAUCCUGACAACCUACCUGUGGGUACGCCAGGUGUGGAUGGACGCCUACCUUACCUGGAGGAAGGAGGACUAUGACGGCCUUGACACUAUUCGCAUCCCCAGCAGCUAUGUGUGGAGACCCGAUAUUGUUCUGUAUAACAGCGCAGAUGAUGAGUUCUCCAGCUCCAUGGAGACCAACAUUGUUCUCCGUAACGAUGGUCAGGUCAUGUGGGACCAGCCAGCCAUCACUAAAAGCUCCUGCUUGGUCGACGUGGCCUUCUUCCCUUUUGAUUUGCAGCAGUGUCACCUGACCUUUGGCUCCUGGACUCACAAUGGCAACCAGAUGGACUUGUUCAACGCCCUGGACAGUGCUGACCUCUCUGACUUUGUCUCCAAUGUGGAGUGGGAGGUUCUGGGCAUGCCAGCAAAGAAAAAUGUCAUCCUUUAUGGCUGCUGUUCAGAUCCGUACCCAGACAUCACUUUUACCCUCCACCUGAAGAGACGGGCCUCCUUCUACAUCUUCAACCUCCUCAUCCCCUGCAUGAUGAUCUCCUUUCUGGCUCCAUUAGGAUUCUACCUGCCGGCUGACUCGGGUGAAAAGGUUUCUCUGGGCGUCACGGUGCUGCUGGCUCUGACUGUGUUCCAGUUGCUGGUGGCUGAGAGCAUGCCGCCCUCCGAGAGCGUCCCACUCAUAGGAAAGUACUACAUAGCCACCAUGACGAUGGUUACUGCUUCAACGGCACUCACCAUCUUCAUCAUGAACAUACACCACUGUGGUCCUGAGGCCCGACCUGUUCCAGAGUGGGCCGAACGGUUCAUCCUCAACCACCUCGCUCGCAUCUGUUUUGUCUAUGAGGUCGGAGAAAACUGCUUUGCUGGGAAAUCCAAGAAGCAACCGCCGUGUCAGGAGGAGUCAGAGGCCCCAUCAGCCAACAGUGGCAACCCCAGGGGACCAAACUGGGGUGUGAACGGACGAGCCUGGGUAGGGAGGGUAGACGAUGAUGGGUCAGGGCAGUCUCUGAAGGUAAGUCAGGAUUUGACCAAACAAACAGGCUGGAAGGAGGAUCUGUUUGUGACCAUUGACCACUCGAAAGAUGAAGGAGCUGCUGGUGGAAGUGAAGAGCACAGAGACGGGUCUAAUGGAAAAGGAGAAGAGCAAGUCGAGGAGAAGAAAGGUGUCGGGGGUGAAGGAGGAGGUGGAGCACGGGAGAACAGAACGGAGAUCUUCGUGAAAACCCAGUGUGUUUGCCAGCACCAGGGACUGCGCAAGAACGUUGAGUACAUUGCCAACUCGUACCAGGACCAGCGAGCUGCACAGCUGCGCAUCGGAGAAUGGAGGAAGGUCGCCAAGGUCAUGGAUCGUUUCUUCAUGUGGCUCUUCUUCAUCAUGGUCUUCUUCAUGAGCAUUCUCAUCUUGGGCAAAGCCAUAUGAUCGAGACUAAGCACGGGGAUCGCGAGAGGUUGACGGCAGAGGACUGGUACACUGACUCAAUGAUUAGUUCAACUUUCCAUUUAAGGUCCAGUGUGUAACAUUUAGGAAAUCAGCGAGGAAUCAUUAGCGGAAAUUGAAUUUACUACAAUUCGUUAAAACAAAAACUAAACUGUGUAGUUUUUGUAGACAACAUGUACUUUGCAUUCUGAAGUGGGAGCUUAUACCCAAACAAUGGUGAACCAUUUCACCCACAUAAACCCGAUGCAUAAUCCAGCAAAGAAAUGGCUUUCUGGUCUGUAAAGGCUUCCGCAGUUCCUUGACAUGCUUCGGAAACUACUCCACCCAGUAACUCUGCAGUGGGAGAUUUGUCAGUGUAAACUAAUCGAGGAAAGGCCACAGAUGAUUUCAAAUGGUUUGAAAGUUAUUGUUGUUGUUUUUUAAAUGAUGGAACAGCAUGAAAUUUAGCUUGUCACGUCACGGACAUCUUAACAGCUGCACAUACAGCACCUGCCAUAUUCGGGAUUAACACAUCCUUGCACACUGUGAUUCACUGUGACUUAAAUCCUACAUCCUGGAUGUUUUGUGUUUCUCAAAGUGUGUUCUCGCGUUUGAUUUUUUUUUUUAUAUCAAACUGAAUCAAAUAUUUACAGAAAUGCCUGCGAUUGAAUUCUUAAGACAAAUACAUUGGUGACGCAGCUCACGCCAGACUGCAUCUCCAUCUAAUUUUAGACUGAGUACAAGUGUGGAAAGUGUGUCCCAGUCAUGACCAACAGAUGUAGAUUGAAAUGCCUCUGUACACAAUUGGACAGACCUACAACCAAUGAUCUGGAUGACGUAUGCAGGAUGAUGGAAUACGUGUCAACAAACGUGAUUCUUGGAGCAAUGGCUAUCUAUCUAGUCACAGCGUCUCACGACUUUUACCCUGGGGGAGCAAUUCGCUUAAAACCGAAGCCGAACUGUAAGACUGCUGCUCUUCAGUGGCCGCCAUGUUGGACUUACAUACAAAAGCUGUCGCUUCUUUGUUGUCAUCGUGUCAGGUCCCCCUUUAGAGUGUCAGUGGCUUUUGUGAUUGGUUCCUUUUUUUUUUUUGGAGAUUCUGAAGUUGGCCAAAACGAUGUCCUUGCCAGACAUGUCUGCCUGUCUGUCUGAGUGAGGUUUUGAUUAUAAACCAAACUACACAACUACACAACUGCUUGUUAGAUGAAUCAGCGCAAAGACAAAAAAGAAGGUCCAGUGAGUAAAUAUGAUGUGAAACUAAUACUGGAAUCACCAGAUAAUGACAUUUAAGACAUUGUAACAACUCUGUUAGAAUGUAAUUAUAUUAGGCUCUCAAAUCAACAACCAACAGGAUGUUUCGUUCAACCUUGUUUCAGCAUUUCUCACUAAAUCAGUGAAACAAUUCAGUGAAAUGUAUUUAAUUCUGUCUGGCUUCCGCCUACUUUUGUAGAGAUCAAAGAAAUAAAAAAAGUGAGUAGAAAGUAUUUGCUUGCUGAGGAGAUGGACCUGGUGUUCCUCACAGUUAUAUAUACAAUGUCAAAUAUAUUUGAAUCAUCAAAGGAAGUUUGGAGAUUAAAUCUGACACAUCAUCACAGUCAUCUACGAAUGUCGCUGAUUUCUUUCACGCCUCCACAGUUGCCACACUUUUGUCACAUGUGUGUAAUUUACAAACUGCAUCCUAGAGGAUUUUACGCUGCACUGUUUUAUGAAAUAUAUAAUAUCAGACCUUUCCUGUUUUAACUCUUUAUGACCUGAAUAAAUACAAUAGUUUGUGCCAUGUCAGACGAUUGGCUACAAUAACAUCUUCAUGCUUUAAACCAGGGAUGUGAAUUUGUUGAAAUCUUCAAAUUAUGAUUAAUCGUUCUGUGAAAUACUAUAUUUAUCAGUUCUAGAUACGUGUGACUAAAUGUUUGUGCCUUUGUGGACGUACAGUAUAUGCACACGUUCAAGUGCAAUUUCAAAAUAUUGUGCAUACAUUUACCAUUGAAUGGUAUUUAUCUCAAGAAAUUUGAGGUUGUUGAUAAUUUGAAUUUCAUUAAAAUGUAAAACAAAGGAGUUCUUGUUGUUUCACUAAAAAUGAGUUUGACACCCCUGCUUUAGACAGUCCAUACUGUAUUGUGAUUUAAAUUAUUCAAUAAUUCAAUUUAGGAGAGGUCAAAGUGUAAUUUUUUUGUUGGUGUUUUUGUAUCAUCACAGUGUAAAAACUAAGAAAUGCCAAAUUUAUCAGUGUUGUCGGAUGUUUGUUUAUGUUGUUGUACAUUGACACACAGGCGAUGCAUUGAGACACAUGAACACGUUCAUAUAUUAAAAGAAAAAAGCUUUGUUCACUCA